AUGCAGAUUCAGUGCAAAACCCUAACUUUCACAACUUCCUCUAUUUCUUGUAACCCUAGGCUGCCAUUCACUAUAAGGGCAUGUAAGCCUCCAUUCCCGAGUUUUAGGAGCUCUGUUAAGUCUCAUAGGCUUAUAAGUAGCUGCUCAAGUCCUAAUCAGGAGCUUGUUGUUGACGAAACUGAGUCGAUUUCUCCGGAGGUGAAUGAGCUUGUAAAAGUUGCGGGUGAGGUGGAAGUAGAAGAAGUGAAGAAGGUAGAUGGUUUAGCGGAUCAGAGUAUUUGGGGGAAGAUGAAAGAGAUAGUCAUGUUUACGGGACCUGCUGCUGGACUGUGGGUAUGUGGCCCAUUAAUGAGUCUCAUUGACACGGCUGUGAUUGGUCAAGGAAGCUCUCUUGAACUCGCUGCUUUAGGUCCUGCAACCGUCGUCUGUGAUUAUUUGUCUUAUACUUUCAUGUUCCUCUCUGUUGCCACUUCAAAUCUUGUUGCCACCUCUCUUGCUCGCGGGGAUAAAGAUGAGGUACAACAUCAGAUAUCCAUCUUGCUUUUCAUCGGCUUGGCUUGUGGAGUCGUGAUGAUGGCGUUUACAAGACUAUUUGGUUCCGGGGUAGUAACUGCUUUUACUGGGGCAAAGAAUGCUAAGAUUGUCCCGGCCGUAAAUACAUAUGUUCAGCAUGGCCAGCUGUUCUCAUUGGAUGAGUUGCUCAAAGUGCAAGGUCCCCUUAUACCUCCUUUUCACCUGCACGUUAAAGUUUCAGCAUUGUCACACACUUCUGACUGUGGGGCCAUAAAAGUACCGAGAGGAUUAUAUAUCUCACUGUUACGCUCCAUCCUUUGUCUCAGUCUUGGCAUGAAAGACUCAUGGGGACCUUUAAAGGCACUUGCAGUUUCUAGUGCAAUAAACGGUGCUGGUGAUCUGGUCUUAUGCACCUUUCUAGGAUACGGUAUAACAGGUGCUGCUUGGGCAACUAUGGUGUCACAAGUUGUUGCAGCUUAUAUGAUGAUGGACGAAUUGAGCAAGAAAGGAUACAACGCUUUCUCACUUUGUGUUCCUUCUCCAAGUGAACUCUUAAACAUCUUGGGGCUGGCUGCCCCAGUCUUUAUGACUAUGAUGUCAAAGGUUUUGUUUUAUUCGCUUCUUGUGUACUUUGCUACAUCGAUGGGCACAAGCGUCAUAGCUGCUCAUCAGGUUAUGCUCCAGACAUAUAACAUUUGUACAAUUUUGGGGGAGCCUCUCUCUCAAACUGCACAGUCCUUUAUGCAUGAGUUGUUAUUUGGAAUCAAUCGCAAUUUGCCUAAAGCCAUAAUGCUUCUGAAGUCACUCGUUAUCAUUGGUGCUACACUAGAAAUUGUAGUGGGAACCAUUGGUACUGCAAUUCCAUGGCUGUUCCCUGGCAUCUUCACACAAGACAAGGUUGUCACAUUUGAGAUGCAUAAGGUCAUAAUACCUUAUUUUCUUGCUUUAUCCAUCACUCCGAGUACUCUCAGUCUUGAAGGCACCUUACUGGCUGGAAGAGAUCUGAGAUAUAUAAGCUUGUCAACUACUGGAUGCUUGGCCGUUGCUGGGAUUUUACUUAUGCUUCUGAGCAACGGAGGAUUUGGCUUGAGAGGCUGCUGGUUCGCUCUCGUGGGAUUCCAAUGGGCUCGGUUUUAUCUAGCCCUUGUACGUCUUGUUUCCCGAGAUGGUGUACUUUACUCGGAAGAUACAAGCAGGUAUGCAGAGAUAGUGAAAGCUGCUUAG